GCGUCCAGCUCGACUUGACUGCUUGUCGCGAUACCCGUCAUAACUGUUGUAAGCUAUGUCGUCUCUCAAGAACUCCCUACACAGGAAGACGCACAAGGAGCGUUCGCAGCUUUCGCACCGGACACGCCUCGGUUUCCUCGAGAAGCACAAGGACUAUGUGCUCCGCGCGCGCGACUACCACUCGAAGCAGGACCGGAUAAACCUCUUGCGGGAGAAAGCUGCGACGAGGAACAAGGAUGAGUUCUACUUCUCGAUGACGAAGGAGAAGACGGAGGGUGGUGUACAUGUGAAAGAUAGAGGGGCUCAAGCAUUGCCAACGGACAUAGUGAAAGUGCUCAAGACGCAGGACGAGAACUACCUGCGCACCAUGAGGGCCGCGGGGCUGAAGAAAAUUGACAAGCUGAAGAGCCAGCUGACCCAGCUUGCGGACCUCCUAAAGCCCGGAAUGCUGAACGGCGAGGACGACGCAGACGAGCUUGACGAGCAGGAGCUCGAGGCUCUGCGGGAAGCGGGCGUUAUUGCCCCGGAACCGAAGAGAGCCCGCCGGAAGUCCCACAGCAAUAAGGGAAAACAUGUGUUGUUUGCGGAGGAUGCGGCAGAAGCCCGGCAAUAUGCUGCUUCUAGUCGCAAAUCCUCGGAUUCGCAAGAGGACGUCAAGAUGGACGUGUCCGUAGAAAGCGCCGUGGACCUUGGCUGGAAAGCGCCUGCGGAGGCGAAGCGGAAGAGGAGAAAGUCGAAGGCGGAUGCAGAUGCUGAAGAGACGACGCUCGACCAGAGCUCAAUACAAACGGCAGAACAAGCGAAGGAGCAUCGCACACGCCUCUUGAAAGAGCUCUCUGCACGUCUCGUACGAGACCGCCACCUGCGCUACGCGGAGCGCGAGAUGGAGAUGCAACGCGCGUUAAUGGGCAAAGGUGGAGCGAAAAAGAUGAGCGGAGUAGAGAAAGUCACUCAGGAUGGCGACUCGGACGAUGAGGACGAGGACCGGGGUCCUAAGAAGGUCGACGAGCAGACCUGGAAGCCGAGAGUCUACAAGUGGCGCAUCGAGCGCAAGAGGUAGUAGUGGAAUGUAUCCCGGCUCAUAUCUGUCGUUUGUGUCUGUCUUUGCUUUGCUAUGAUAUCACGCAUGCAGUCGUCACAAUCGAGACUAUACUUUGAACCGCA